AAUUUGCCCUCCAAAUUUCUCGUUGUUCUCUUGUCUCUUUCCUUUUUUUUUUCUCUCUCUUUCCUUUCCUCCAAAGCUCCAGCUUGGGAGGUCCUAUGGAGUCAAUUUAUUUCCUUCUCUAGGGUUUCUCAAUCGCUUUCAACUUUCUUUGUUGCCAAAGACAAACUUUCCGAGAAAGUUUAUGGAAUGUGGGGGAAUUUGAGGGGAGGAUCUUUACUGCUGGAAAUUCGGGGUCUCAGGAGAGGUUUUUAGGGUUCUGAAAGAGAAGGCGCCGUUUGAUUUCGAAAUGCCAGCUCAUCGUUCUAAGUCGGAGAAGCACGAUUCGGCGAUGCAAGUCCGGCGGGAUCCCUACGAGGUGCUUGGAGUGUCCAGGAAUUCGACCGACCAGGAAAUCAAGAGCGCGUACCGUAGAUUGGCUCUCAAGUACCAUCCAGACAAGAAUGCAAAUGAUCCUGAAGCUGCUGAUAUGUUUAAAGAAGUCACAUUUUCCUACAACAUACUGUCCAAUCCAGACAAAAGGCGUCAAUACGACACAGCUGGUUUUGAGGCCGUUGAAUCUGAAAGCCAAGAUCUCGAGCUAGAUCUUUCGAGUUUGGGAGCAGUAAACACCAUGUUUGCAGCACUUUUUAGUAAACUCGGGGUGCCUAUCAAGACUACUGUAUCUGCAACUGUGUUGGAGGAAGCACUUAAUGGCGUGGUCACUAUUCGUCCUCUUCCUCUUGGGCAAUCUAUUUCUAGGAAGGUUGAAAAACAAUGUGCCCACUUCUACUCUGUCACAAUAACUGAAGAGGAAGCAAGAGCAGGCUUAGUAUGUCAAGUGCAGUCAUCUGACCGAAGCAAGUUUAAGUUAUUAUAUUUUGAUCAAGAAGAAAACAGUGGGUUAAGCCUUGCACUGCAGGAGGAUUGUGCAAAAACAGGAAAAGUUACAUCAGCUGGAAUGUACUUUCUUGGCUUCCCUGUUUAUCGGUUGGAUCAGACAGUCAAUUCGAUGGCUGCAGCAAAAGAUCCAGAUACGGCAUUCUUCAAAAAACUGGAAGGGUUUCAGCCUUGUGAGAUAACUGAAUUAAAGGCCGGCACUCAUGUAUUUUCUGUUUAUGGUGACAACUUUUUUAAAAGUGCAACCUACACAAUAGAAGCUGUUUGCACUGCUCCUUUUGUCGAAGAAAAGGAAUAUCUUAGAGCCACUGAAGCUCGAAUUUUGACAAAAAGGAUGGAAUUGUCAAAGUUUGAAAGUGAAUACAGAGAGGUCUUGGCUCAAUUUACCGCGAUGACUAGUAGAUAUGCGAAGGAAAUGCAAGAGAUUGAUGAGCUUCUGAAGCAAAGGUACGAAAUUCAGGCCUCAUAUACGACCGGUGCUUCAGUGAAGCGUAGUACAAGUAAGAACAGGAACCGAGCUCCCUCUCCAGAGGCCAAAGAAGAUGGCCAACAUAGGGAUAAAAAGCCUUCCACCAGGGAUAGAGCUAAGAAGAAGAGAUGGUUCAAUAUCCAUUUAAAAGUUGACAAAAGAAAGCCAUGCUAAAUAAAAUGUGAAGAGCCUGAAUCAGCUCUACCGGCGAUGAAUCAACCCGCGUCCACAUGUCAUGUGGUAUGUUGACAUCUAUACAAGCAAAUUGUGAUGCUUAAAGUUAUUCCCGCACUAGAAUAUCAAUGAUGGAAAAGAUGGUUUUGGUGGAAUGGAUCCAAUCCAACAUUCUAGCUUGUCAAGAAUUAACUACUAUUCAUUGUGUAAAUUUUUUUUCUCCUAUUUUGUUUCCUUUAUAAUCUAUUCUCAGCAUUUUAGUUCUGUAAAUCUGAAAGCAAGAUUUCUUCUACCUGCCAUGGACAACGACCUUCUACCUUUCUUGGAGAACGACGUUGCUACCCUCUUAGAUUGAAAUUCUUAUUUA